AUGGCCGAAUGUCGUACAACCCUAAUGGAAACAUGGUUCAUUCCCGCUCUCGUGGCCGCCAUAAUUGCGGCCCGUCUGUUAUUCUCCUUCUACUCGUCAUGGCGACAUGCACACAGGGCUCGCAGCUUAAACUGCCAACAGGCCCCAUUGUAUCCGACUCGGGAUCCCUUCGGCAUCUCCACCCUCCUCGAAGCAUUACAAGCGGAUCGAGACAAGCUUCUCCCCGAGCUAUCACAGAAACGGGUUGAUCUACUUUCCAGUCUGCACAAUAGAUAUGUUUCCACCUUUCGUGUGCGUCAGGCGGGUCGAGAAAACUUCUUCACCGUCGAUCCCAAGAACAUCCAAGCCAUGUUGGCGACUCAAUUCAAUGACUUUGGUCUGGGCGAUAUGCGCCGCAACGCAGGAGCGCCUGUGAUGGGUCGUGGAAUAUUUAUCUCGGACGGUGCGGAUUGGUCUCAUUCAAGAUCACUACUACGGCCCCAGUUUACACGCACGCAGAUCAAUAAUCUCGAGAUGGAAGAGCGCCAUAUUCAGAAUGCGUUGAGAGCGAUACCGACACAAUCAAAUGGGUGGACAUCUGACGUUGACAUCCAGACCAUUUUCUUCCGUCUGACUCUCGACUCGGCCACGGAAUUCCUUUUCGGCAAAAGCUGCGACACCCAGGUAGCUGCCCUGGAAGAAGAUGUUGGAGAGAUGUCAGAUAGCUUUCUCAACAGCUUUGAUCGGUGCGCAUGGUACCUAGCUGCUAGACUCCGCUUCGAGCGCCUGUAUUGGGUCGUUAACAACAAGGAGUUUCGGAACUGCAUCCGCGUGGUGCAUGACCUCGUCGACGGAUAUGUUCAUUCAGCCUUACAGAGGGCGCAACAAACAGAAAAGCCCGCAGACCUAGAAGGCCGAUCACAUUACGUCUUUCUGGAUGCGCUCACCGCGACAACGACAGACCCCGUCGAGCUACGGGACGAGUGUAUCAAUGUCCUGUUAGCCGGUCGUGAUACCACUGCCUCACUGCUGAGCUGGACUAUCCUUCUUCUCGCCCGUCACCCACACAUUUUCCAGAGACUCCGUAAAGAAAUCAUCGAACACUUCGGCACCUACAGCGAGCCGCGCGAUAUCAACUUUUCCUCGCUAAAGUCCUGUCAGUAUCUGCAACACUUCAUAAACGAGACCUUGCGUCUCCAUCCAGUCGUACCCUUCAACCGCCGGUGUGCCAACAAAGACACCACAUUACCUACGGGGGGCGGCAAGGACGGCAAGUCGCCAGUGUACCUCCAAAAGGGUCAACCCGUCCUUUAUAGCAGUUAUGUCCUACAACGCCGGAAGGAUAUUUGGGGUGAAGAUGCCGAGGAGUUCAAUCCCGACCGGUGGUUCGGUCGUAAGGUCAUCUGGGAGCACAUCCCGUUCAGCGGCGGACCGAGAACCUGCAUCGGGCAGCAGUUUGCCCUUAUUAAUACCAGCUAUGUGUUGGUGCGGUUACUGCAGCGGUUUGAUUCCAUUGAAGAUGUCUACCCUAAUCGGCAGAUCCGCUAUGGUGUCACUCUCACCAGCUGUCCGGCUGAUCGGGUUACUGUUAGGAUGCACCAGGCCGAGCUAUAA